UUCCGAGGCAGAUGCGGAAGUGCAGGGAGGCACCGGGAGCCGGGUUUGGUUGCAGGAUUUGCGGUCGAGCCCUGCGCCUCGUGAAUGUUCUAGAGAGGUCGAUUCCUAGCGGCCGGCUUCCACCAGCCCAGGCCAGACGUAGCCGGCGCUAGGGGCCACUCCUCGGCCGAGGAGCUGAUGACGGCCGCUCCCUGGAGCCCCCGUAGCGGGGCCGGACCAUGAGCCUGCUGGGCGGCCUGGCCUCCUCGCCGCGGGCCCCGCUGCAGUCCAGCAAGGCCAGGAUGAAAAAGCUCCCGAAGAAGAGCCAGAACGAGAAGUACCGGCUCAAGUACCUGCGGCUGCGCAAAGCGGCCAAAGCCACGGUGUUUGAAAAUGCUGCUAUUUGUGAUGAAAUUGCUCGUCUUGAGGAAAAAUUUCUUAAAGCUAAAGAAGAAAGACGGUACUUGCUAAAGAAGCUCCUUCAGCUCCAGGCUCUAACUGAAGGGGAAGCACAGGUUGCAGCUCCUUCCCACAGCUCCAGUUUGCCCCUGACUUACGGUGUGGCCAGCUCUGUGGGAACUAUCCAGGGAGCUGGGCCGCUUUCUGGGCCUAGCACUGGAGCUGAGGAACCAUUUGGAAAGAAAUCCAAGAAGGAGAAAAAAGAAAAAGGCAAAGAGAACAACAAACUGGAAGUUCUGAAGAAAACAUCCAAGAAAAAGAAAAUGGAGACAGGUGCUCGCAAGCUGGUUCAGCCCAUUGCCCUGGAUCCCUCAGGACGGCCUGUGUUCCCCAUCGGACUGGGGGGUCUAACAGUAUAUAGCCUGGGGGAGAUCAUCACCGACCGACCUGGCUUCCAUGACGAGGGCGCCAUCUACCCUGUGGGCUACUGCAGCACUCGGGUGUACGCCAGCAUGAAGAGCCCAGACCAGCAGUGUCUGUACACCUGUCAGAUCAAGGACGGUGGCACACAGCCUCAGUUUGAAAUUGUUCCUGAAGAUGACCCCCAGAAUGCCAUUGCCAGCUCUUCUGCAGACGCCUGUCAUGCAGAACUGCUCGAGACCAUAAGUGCUGCUAUGGGGAAACUAAUGCCCAACGUGCAUCCAUCUGGAGCUGACUUUUUUGGGUUUUCUCAUCCAGCCAUCCACAACCUGAUCCAGAGUUGUCCAGGAGCUCGAAAAUGCGUCAAUUACCAGUGGGUGAAGUUCGACGUGUGUAAACCUGGAGACAGUCUGCCGCCCCAAGGACAGCUAGAGAAUGAUGCAGCUACAAGCUUUGAAGCCUUUCAGAGACAGACCUUCCAUAAAGAUCACAAUGAUCCCAUUCUACAAGCAUUAAGGUAGAGGCAUACCACAACACCUAAUCCCAGCCAGGACAACUCCACGGUGCCUUGUGGGAUGCUUCGCUGCCCACCCAGCCCGGCCUGGAAUGGGAAGGAACAAAAGGACCCCGGAAGUAGAAGAAUGGGGAAGGCGGUGAGAACUGGAUUGUCACUGUGCUACCGUCCAUAGCUGCUAACGGGGGAGGAAACAAAUGGGCCUAGCAUCUUACAGGACUAUAUCUGGAUGGCAGAGGGAGGGAUCUGAUGCAGCAUUUAGAGCACAUCACACUGGCCACUGCAAAGUAUCAGAAACUAAAGUAACUAACACUAAUUUUAUGAUUCUUAUUUAUAGUCUUACAAGUUUGUAUAGCUUUUACAGUGCAAAAACAAUAGUAAAAUUUGGAUAAUAGCAAAUCAGGGAUAGAAAGGAGUUACGCAAAACUGUCAAUGUUUUUCGUUUUUCUUUUUUCUCUGCAUAAGGUGCCUGAAGCCAUUUGCACUUACACAGAAAUGGUAUAUGCUGCUUUUAUCACAUAACCAGUAUCUUUCCAUUCUGUUACAGCCUGAGUUAAUCACAGAUUCAAAGUGAGCGUCAUUCUAAGGACAUUAAAAAAAAUUUAUGUAAGUUAGUGCACGGUUUUCCUUUAAUUAAAGUAUUCAUUUUGUAGCUUUCCUAGAACAGUGUUUUUCAAACUACAAAUCUCAACACACUAGUUGUUCUUAAACUUAGGCAAUCAAGACCCACAUCUUUUAAAAUUAAAUUAGAAGACAAUUAGAACAUAUUGGAAUACAUCGCACGUCAAAGGUUGAAAGUGGUUUCAACUAUAGUGUGUAUAUAGGCGUUUAUAUACCAUUCACACAAUACACAUGGGGAUACAUGGAAUGAUGUAAAGUGUUUUUACUAUGGAUCAUCAUUUUAAGUAGCUUGAAAAACACUGCCCUAGCUAGCAUACUUAAAAAAUCUUUUCAUCUAUUGGAUUGUUGAAGAUAGUUUGACAACAUCCAAUGUCAGUGAAAAUGAGGGAGAAAAUGGGACUGUGCCUUGGUGGAAAUGUAAACUGUUGAACCCUUUGGGAGGGUUAAGCUAUAGGUGUCAAAAUGUUAAACAUAUUUAUCCUUAAACCUAUUAUUCCAUAUUCAGGACCCUAAGGAAUUAAGUGCGGGAUGGUGUUUGCAUGUAACAGUUAUCACAGUAUUUGUUUAAAACCCUCUAUGUCCACUGAUGGCAAAUUAGUUAAAGAAAAUAUGGAGCUCCCACAAACUGAAACAAACUAAAUCUGUUUUCACUUUACAUAGGAAAAUUAUUUCUCUAGAAUAAGUCAGAAACGCAGAUUACAAAAUAAUAUACCGUGUAGUAGUAUGUAAAAUGUGACCUAAACAAAUCAGGUGAUGUUCACCAAGAUAUUAAGUGUCUCCAAAUGAUGAAUUUUGUGGUGAUUUUUACUUACGUAUACUUUUCUUUAGCAUCCAAGUCUUCUUAGUGAUUAUGAAUUCGAUUUUUUCAAAUAGUAAAAAGUUAUUUUCAUUUGGGAAAGAAACUGAAUUCCCACAGAAUGUUUUAAAUUAUUCAACCAUUAAAAAUAAACUUUCAUAUGA